AUGAAAUCGCGUAUGAUUCCGUUCAUCUUUCGAAGGCGAACGAGGCGCGCAGAGAAGCAGCAAUUGAAGUCUUGGCCAAGACGAGUCGAUUGCGUCGUCAGUCCGAUGCCAACGCCCGCAAGUCGGUCAGCCAGCACAACGUGUAUUGCCAUUCCCAGAGGCGUAGCGGUAUCAAGCGUGUCAGCGUCAGGACAGAGACAAACGGAUCGUCGUUUGGCGAGACAGGGAGCUGCUGGUGGAAGUUCGAGUGGAGCUCGAUGGCGGCAGCGACAGACGUAUUGUGCCAACUGCGAGCGCCUUUUCUUCACGUCGCUAUCUUCGCUCAGCAGCGCAGCAGGUGCAUUCUGCUCGCUGGACUGCAAGACCAAUCUCGAGUACAUGCACCAGCUCCAGCACGUGACGUGCACAGAGACAUGGGAGAGCAGCUGCACGAUCAGCAGUGGAUCGGGAGACGUCGAUGCAAUCGAAAGCGGCGAAGACGGUGACGGUCGUCACUGA